AGAGAGAAAGAGAGAGAGAGAGAGAGAGAGAGAGAGAGAGAGAGAGAGAGAGAGAGAGAGAGAGAGAGAGAGAGAGAGAGAGAGAGAGAGAGAGAGAGAGAGAGAGAGAGAGAGAGAGAGAGAGAGGGGGGGGGGAGACAUGGACAGAGACAAAGACAGAGACACACAAACACAGAUAGAGAGAGAGGGAGAGAGAUAAUGAGAGAGAGAGAGAGAGAGAGAGAGAGAGAGAGAGAGAGAGAGAGAGACAGAGGCAGAGACAAAGACAGAGAGAGAGAGAGAGAGAGAGAGAGAGAGAGAGAGAGAGAGAGAGAGAGAGAGAGAGAGAGAGAGAGAGAGAGAGAGAGAGAGAGAGAGAGAGAGAGAGAGGCAGACAGAGACAAAGACAAAGAGAGAGAGAGAGACAAAGACAAAGAGACAAAGACAAAGAGAGAGCGAGAGACAAGAGAGAGAGAGAGAGAGAGAGAGAGAGAGAGAGAGAGGAAAGAGAAG